GUCAGUAAUAAACUGACGUUGAAAUGUCAGAGUAACAGUGGUUCCUCUCCUUGCCAGCAUGGCUGAUAAAAAACACACUAAAGAAGUUUGUACUAUAUUAUUUCUGUGUGUUUUAUGGUAUGCCGUUAGUUCCACCAACAAUGUCGUCGGCAAGACGGUACUCAACGAAUUUCCAUAUCCCAUGACGAUGACAAUGGUCCAGUUGUUGUCCAUAACAAUAUUUAGUGGUCCUUUUUUUAAUUUAUGGGGAGUUAGAAAAUAUGUUGACAUAUCAUGGGGUUAUUAUUUUCGGCUGAUAGUACCCUUAGCCUUUGGGAAGUUCAUAGCUUCCGUAUUUUCACAUGUAAGCAUAUGGAAAGUCCCUGUUUCUUAUGCACAUACAGUGAAAGCAACUAUGCCCCUAUUUACUGUGAUUUUAUCUAGGAUAAUUAUGGGUGAGAAGCAGACGAUGAAAGUGUAUUUAAGUUUAAUCCCGAUCAUAGCUGGAGUCGGUGUAGCUACCAUGACCGAGCUUAGUUUCGACGUUAUUGGUUUAGUGAGUGCUUUAGUUGCCACGGGAGGAUUCUCGUUGCAGCACAUCUUUUCGAAGAAAGUUCUACAUGAUACAGGUGUUCAUCAUCUUAGGUUACUGCACAUCUUGGGACGCUUAGCUUUAUUUAUGUUCCUACCCGUGUGGAUGUGUGUGGACAUGUUUUCUCUUCUGAAGGAUGACACUGUGACUUACCACGAUUACAGGGUAGUAGCUUUACUCAUAACCGACGGGGUAUUAAAUUGGAUGCAGAACAUUAUAGCGUUUAGUGUCCUAUCUUUGGUAACCCCUCUGACUUAUGCCGUUGCGAACGCUAGUAAACGGAUAUUCGUCAUAGCUGUGUCUUUGUUCAUAUUGGGGAAUCCGGUAACGAGUACAAAUGUAUUUGGUAUGCUCCUGGCUAUUUUGGGAGUUUUGUAUUAUAAUAAGGCCAAAUAUGACCAGAAGCAACAAUCAAAGAAAGACACACUCUUACCUUAUAGUCAGCACAACUGGCAGGAGAGAAGCGCUGCGCUGUUCCCUAAGGAAAACGGGGUACAGAAUGGGGGGUACGGUAAAUUGUCUAACGGCUAUGCCAACGGCUCGGUCUCAAAUAACAACACUUUUAACUAUAGUCCGCAAAUAACGAAAGGUAAUCUGUUGUUUGUAUGAAGAAAUCGAUUGCGUUAGUGAAGAUAAAUUAUUUAUUUAUUUUUUUACUGUCUUUGUGGGUAGGUUUUAUUACGAGGAGUAUUAACAAUGAUGGAAGUCCUGUAAUACGUUUCGAUUUUUUUUUUUUUUGGAAACGUACAGGGUAUGAAAUUCCACCCCUCACAUUUCCUUUAAAAUUGAGAUUUUUUUAUAUUUUUAGAGGUAUAUUUUUUUGUUUUAUAUUUUGUAGAUAACAUACAUAUUGUCAAUAUAUAAUAAAUUUAAUAUUUUGAUAAAGUCAGGUUAUACAUGUGCAUUAUUUCUCAUAGGGGUUGAUGAAAAAUGCAGUAUUAUAUGAGAUAAUUGCAGUCUACGACAUAUUGUUUAGUAUAUUGGGUAUAUAAACUUCAUUUUCGCAAUAAAUUACACCUUUCAGCAAAAUUAAUGUAUCACAAAAAAUGUGACGUCAAUUUUUUAAAUAUUCGAGGAAAAAACUUGAUGACUUCUAGGAAGAGAAUUAUUAAAAAAAAUUGCUAAAAUCAAAAAAAAUUAUCUGAGAUUUUGUCUCAUGCCAUGAUUUUAAUGCAAAGUUUAUAUUCAGCUCCAGGAAUACAAAUGUUGACGCUAGGUAUGUUUACUUAUAGAUUAGUAGAUUUUAACUUUUGAAAAAUAUGACAGGAUAUUGACAUUUUUUGUAAAAAUAUG